CAUUUUUAACAGUUAGCAAUAUUACCGGGGUAUUAACAAAUAACAGGCAAUUAAUAUUACUAAUUUAGAUGCGAUAUCAUUCGGAUGAAUGCGGCUGUUAUGUAUAUACUUUCUUAGUAUCGUGUAAAUCGAGAUAAAUGAGUCACUAGAACGGUACACUCUUAAAAGUGUGAUUGACUAACCUUUCGCGCUAUAGGUUGCUAAUUUAAGUCAAACUUACGUACAAUCUCUUCCUCUCGGUUUAUUUGAUGUACUCUCUUUUACUAUUUCUCUUCCUUUCUUGAUGUAGUCUCAUUAAUCACGGUGCAGUCAAUUAGAUCGAAACAACAUAAGGAAGAGACCCUUUCAAGUAUUCGUAGAUAUCACUUACAAUUAGUGAAAAAGAGAAGAAAGUGCGGUUGAGAGUUUCAAGAGCUUGAGGCGAAGAUGUCUCUUAAAUUUUCCGUAGGCAACUUUUACGAAACCUAUGCAUAGCAAGGGUAGGGAGGCCGCAAAUGCCAGAGAAAUGAGUGCAGGUCGGACCAGAACAAUACACACGGUAUGCCAAUUCGAAAUGGGGCCAGAAUAGCAGAAGCGGCGAGCCGGUAGUUGGGUAACUAAGCUCACAAAAGUAAAGCCUGUCAAAAUAAAGUGGCGGUGCAGCCAGUAGUCCUCGUUAGCCAGUAAGGAGCGUAAGCACGGGUUCGAUAUUGCCUCGAGUCGUCGUACAUUUCUCAACGAUCUCGCAGUUUAUCAAUUUUCUCAUUUGAUUGGAAAAGCUUUUCGUUUCUUUGACCUUUUUUCGUGCUCUUUCGUUAUCGUCUUGCUCUUAAUACUCAAAUUAACGAUCGGUCUCUGCGAUUUCCGUUCGUUAUAAACACGCGAUUGCGUUGUUCUGAUAGACAGAGUAGAGCAUGACGAGGAAACAAACGGUGAUCGUGAAGCUUAAGAGAUCCAGCACCGGCAAACCUUGGGGAAUACGUAUCGCUGGAGGCGCUGAUUUGGGUACACCGAUCGUCGUCACCCGCUCGGAGAACGAGACGCUUCAGAGGGGUGAUGUGAUCAAGAAAAUCGACGAUUACGACACGCGAGAUGUGAGGCAUGUAGACGCGCAGAAUCUUCUUCAAAACUCUGAAUCAAUAAGGCUCGUGGUCGAAAGGUCUGAGCCGUCGAAUGCAUCUCGUAUCAACAUUACCACGUCAUCUCCGAUUAUCCAGUUGAACACUGGCGACAGGGCUGCGGUCACUAGUCUAGCUAAACAACGGAAAAUACCGUCGGAAUUACCGAAGAGCCCUGUACCGCCGCCUUUAAUCGACGAAUACAGGCCGCCUGCAUCUUCACCGGAACACCUUAACUUACCGCACGAACAUCUCGAUGAGGUUCGCGAAGAGAGAGCCAAUUUGUCGCAGCCAUACCGCACAACUCCUCUGGUCUUGCCAGGUGCAAAGAUAAAAAAGGAUGCUCCGCUUGGAGAAUGCUACUUGCGCCAUCAUCCCAAUCCGAUGAUCAGAGCGGCACCGCAUCAUUACGAACAAGCUCAUCCUGAAGUUGCUAUGAAACAAAAGGUUGUCCACAAGCAAUUUAACUCACCAAUUGGACUCUAUUCCGAACAAAAUAUUGCCGACACUAUAAAGAGCCAAACAACCGCUAUACCCUCGAAGAAACCGGUGAAGUACGACCCGAGCAAGAGCGAGGCUUACAAGGCUCUGCAAGAGGAGGCUCUUGGUGACGUAGUGCAGGAAGUAAGACAACCGGCGCGCACCGGUGUUUUCUCUCCGCAAAAGGUUAACCAAAAUAGGAUAUACCACGCUCGACCAAAAAGUCCAGCUGGACCAUACGUAAAUAUUCUUGAUGACGACGGUGAAAAAAUCCACCAGAGUAACAGCUUCAAGAGGAUCAUGUAUAGUGUUUUGGGACAAACUGAUUAUUAAUUUGCGAACUGACGUUAUAAAUGUACUUUAUAUAAUAUAAAAUAUAAAUAUAUAUUUUAUUUAUUGUUCAUUGCAACAAAUGUUAAAUUAAAACUGAUCAAGAAUUAAUCGCGAUAAAAAAUUGUUAAAAUAACAUGAUAUUAUAUUUAAUUAUAUUUAAAACAUAAAACUUGUAGUUCUUCUACAAAUUCUACAAGUUGGUGCAAAUUUUAUAUGCUGCAAAACAUGUCAAAUCUUUCCUUAAUCCACAUUCUGAUAAAAAAUUAUGCAAUUAAAUAAACAUUCAGUGUGAAUUAUGUAUGACGAAAUGACGAUUUUAUUAUGUCCUUUCAGUCUUUAAUGACGUUAAAUAAUAGUUAGUAUUACAAUUGAGGGGAAAAAAGUACUAGAUUUUAUUAAAAGGGGAAAGGUUAUUUAAAAAUACCUGAUAAUGGCUAAUAUAAUUUAAUUUCAUAAGAUGCUACAAUAUUUACCACGAUAUACCGACAUAUGUGUACUAAUGUAAGUAAACUUCAGUUUAUUCUCAUUCGUAACUUUGACCUAUUAAACUUUAAUAUCAGAGCAUACAUGUAUAUAUCGUCGUUAUUAUGCAUGUAAUAACAAGAAAUGAUGAGUGGAAUAACAGUACCGCAAUUUAUUUAGGACCACAUUCCAUCUAUCGUAUUCUAGCGGAUUACAAAAUAUCGUGUACUAUUGUUACGUAUAACUUAAAUUUGAUACAAUACUUUCCAAUCAGUGACAUGGUACAACAGAUAUUCCAUUCAUAAAACUCAUUCUUCAAAUGAUUCACAUGUAGAAUAUAAAUACUGUGCCUUCGCAGACUAUGGAGCAACCAAGGUAUAUCAUUGGCUAAGAUAAAAUAAUAAUAAAAUAAUUUUUUUUAAAUAUUCCAACUAGCAUUAGCGAAUUGUCUUCUAUUCCCACCUUUUUAGAGAAGUCUUUGGAACUUUUUGAAGAGUAACAUUACGACUCGAUCUCGUAAACAUUUUUUCUUUCCUAUUAAGUUCACAUAAUCUACAUUUUCGCAAUACAUUACGUAAUCGAGUCUAAUGCUACGACAUAUCCCUUUAUAUAUUUCUACCAACCUACCAAUUAUUUAAUUCUUUAUAAAAAUAAAGCAACGAUAAAGAAUUAAAUCAAUUGGCUGUCUUUCGCUACGGCAUAAAUAAAUGAAUAAAAAAAUUGCCGUAAAUAAACAUUAUCAAACUCCGAAAAGUUUCAUUUAAGUCUCCACAGUCGUAACAAUCGAUUAUUUACACUCUGCGUAAACUGUUGUAUAAAUUAAAAAUAAUACUUUUUUCUUAAUCUUAUCCGUUUCAUAAAGUUAUGUAUUAACAAACGAAUAAAAUACAAACGUCAACGCACGAAUAUUUUCGAUUAUUGUAACGACAGAUUUAGACAAUGAGUAAGUCAUGUUAGGUUUCUUGCUAAUGUAAUUUUUGUUCUUGUGAUAUAUUUACAUAAUAAAAUAAAAUGUUUCUGCUAACUCAAUCAUACACCGGGUUCAACACUCAACUCACAUACUAGCAUAAAUAUAUGUCACCUAUUAAAAAGAAAAAAUAUACAGGAUCGCAUUCAAGCAUUAAAUAAGAAUGAAAUGCAUAUAUUUACAUGGCUUACUCAUUGCGUAUAUGUUUGUAUUAGAUUAAAUUUCUCGUGAAGUUCAUAUUUUAAUCAAUUAUUCUUUUAAUGAAACCAAAGAAAUGUUUCAAAAUUUUUACGAUUGGACCACAGCAUCGUAAAAUAGGAAUCAAAUAAAAAGAAAGUCGAUGUCUUGAAUCUAGAUAAAGGUUUUUAACUAGGUUUAUCACGAUCAAGAAAGUAUUCGUGCGUGUACGUUAAUUCAUCUAAAUAAAUCAGUAAUGAAGAAACUAUUUCAAAUUAUGUUAAUCUCCUCUUAGGA